UUUGCUGACUCAUUGUUUUGUAUCUGUGCCGCUAAAACUAACUAAUGAGUCCAGAGUCAGCUAGUUUCAUUUUACGCUACAGUAUAGUAUAGGAGAAAAGUGCAGCUUGUUAGUAGGUAUUUCUAGCUAGCUCGUCAUGUCAUAGUUGCGUUUGCUAAGAAUGUUUAUAGUAAAUAAACUGCAGGCACCAGUUAUAGCAGCUAGCUAGUUAGCUAACAUGCUAAAAAACACAGACUCAUGAUGUCUUGGUCAGCACAGUGAGAUAAUUUAUCACCCACACAAGCGCCAUCCUUUUGGUUUCACUUAACAAAUAAUCUUAUUCAUUUUCUCAACCAGCUCAACUUACUUCCUGGGAGGAAUGUGGAUGGUUUGUGUGUCUAUAGUUUGCAUCUCAGUGUAGUUUAUUUACAACUUAACCUGAAAAUGCUGCUGAAGAAGUGAGACGCCAUGCCAGGGACAUCACCAGGGUUAGCUUCCACUUAUUACCUGGCUGUUUUACAGACAGUUUGGAUUACACACAGCUUCCCUCGAAAGAGAGUUUGCUGAGGGAUUUCGGCAAGCAUGGCUCGUGUGCUGCAUUUGCUCCUUUUAUGGCUCUUGGUGAGAGGUUCUGAGUCCCAGGGUUCUAUGAGCAGUGGACUGGAUCUUGGGUCAAGCAUCGAAAGGAUUUUGCCCUCCGUUAGUCAUCGUGCCAACGCCAGCCAAGCUUUUUACGGAAUCAUGUUCGACGCUGGGAGCACUGGAACACGGAUCCAUGUCUACAGCUUCAUUCAGAGAGAGCCAAACCGACUCCCCAUUUUGGAUAAUGAAGUGUUUCAGUCUGUGAAGCCUGGUUUAUCUGCUUACGCUGACAUGCCAGAAAAAGCUGGGGACUCAGUGAGGCAGUUGCUGGAGGCUGCCAAGAGCACAGUGCCUCAUGCGGAGUGGAACCGAACCCCAGUGAUGCUGAAGGCUACAGCAGGACUGAGGAUGCUGCCACCUGCCAAAGCUCAUGCACUUCUCCAGGAGGUUCAAGAUGUGUUUGAUGACUCUCCGUUCUACGUGCCUGAUGAGAGUGUAAGCAUAAUGAAUGGAACAAGUGAAGGGGUUUUGGCCUGGGUGACUGUAAACUUUUUGACGGGUCACCUUUACCCCAACAUAAGGAGGUCAGUAGGGAUUUUGGAUUUGGGUGGAGGAUCAACACAAGUCACCUUUCUUCCCAAAAAAACAACGGAGAGAUUUCCUGCUGAUUACACAGCAAGAUUGAGUAUGUUUAACACAACAUAUAAAUUGUACACUCACAGUUAUUCAGGGAAUGGAAUCAAAGCUGCUCAGCUUGCUGCUAUUGGUGCUUUGGGCUCAAAAGCUCCAAAAGGGAAGGUGUUUCAGAGUUCCUGCUUGCCUAAGAAUUACAAAGGGAAAAUUAGCUUUGGAGGGGUAAUAUACAAAGUCAGCGGAAAGCCAGGAGGUUCUACUGGGUACAAGAGCUGUUACAGAGAAAUGCUAAAGGUUGUGAAAGGCGUCAUACAGGAGCCAGAGGAUAUGGAAGACAGCUGGAUUUACGCUUUCUCUUACUACUUCGACCAUGCUGUUGAGGCUGGCCUUGUUGAUGAAGCCAGAGGCGGGGCUGUGCAGGUUCGGGACUUCAGGAGAAGAGCCAAGGAGGUGUGCAACAAAAUGUCCAUGUAUAAUCCUGACUAUCCCUUCCUGUGUAUGGAUCUUACAUACAUAACCUGUCUUCUGAAGUCUGGGUAUGGCUUUGAGGAGGAAACAAUCCUGGAGUUGACCAAAAAGCUGAACAAUGUGGAGGCCAGCUGGGCUUUAGGAGCCACUCUCAGUUACUUUCAACACUUUAGCAUUGCCUGAGAAAAAGCCAAGAAUCAGCUCCUUUUUCUAACAGUUCUGUCCUUUUUCUUAAUCAUCUCUCAUAGUGGAGUCACAUGGCUGUUGUACUGAACUAAAUUUUGUCCCUUACAAUAAAGAUUUUGUGAUUUGG